GUGGUGUUGAUUCUCUGAUUCCACGCCACCCACAGCUCAAAGGGGAGAAACCCAUUAUCCCUAAACUGGGUUUCUCUCAAGAAAAGAAUCCACCCCCCUUCCCUUCUCCCCCCACCCCCUACUAGCAAACCAUUAGUUGUAUAAUAAAUAUAAUAAUUAUAUAAAGUAUAUACAUUUAUAAAUAUACACCUAAUUUAUUUGCCAAUAUUAAUACUGUGUCUGUAUUUGUGCGUUUGUACAUCAUUUUCAGCCAGUCUUGUUUUUAAGAGCACCACACUAGCAUGAACUGAGAGUUGAAGAAAGAGAAUAGGCUUUGCCUGUGUGUGCUUUUCAUGAUUGUUCUGUGUAAUGGGCUCUGCUCAGUCACCACUGUGAGUCUCUGUGUGUGAAUUUGAGAGAGAGAGAGAGGAGGAGGAGGAGAGAAGUAGGUUUAAUGGACACCAAAGGGAGGCUGAUUGCUGGUUCGCAUAAUAGGAAUGAGUUUGUGCUCAUCAAUGCUGAUGAGAUUGGAAGGGUCACUUCUGUAAAGGAGUUAAGUGGGCAGAUUUGCCAGAUUUGUGGAGAUGAGGUCGAGAUUACGGUAGAUGGAGAGCCAUUUGUUGCUUGCAAUGAAUGUGCAUUCCCAGUUUGUAGACCCUGCUAUGAAUAUGAAAGGAGGGAAGGGAAUCAAGCUUGUCCUCAAUGCAAAACUCGGUACAAACGCAUAAAAGGGAGUCCCAGAGUCGAAGGAGAUGAAGAAGAGGAAGAAUUUGAUGAUUUAGACCAUGAAUUUGAUUACCCUGAACACAUGACCGAGGCGGCACUUGCUGCUCGCUUUAAUGGCGGGCUUGGUGUCAAUGGCUCCGGGACUACCCCAUCGGAGGUGGAUCCAUCUGGUGUUGACUCAAAAGUCCCUCUACUUACCUACGGUGAAGAGGAUGAUGGAAUUUCAGCGGACAAGCACGCUCUUAUCAUUCCCCCGUUUAUGAGCCGUGGAAAGAAAGUUCACCCCGCACCAUUUUCUGAUACGGCAUCUGUGACAUCAUUGCCGCCUCGGCCUAUGGAUCCAAAGAAAGACCUCGCUGUCUAUGGAUAUGGCACCGUUGCAUGGAAAGAAAGAAUGGAGGAGUGGAAGAAAAAGCAAAGCGAUAAACUACAGGUUGUUAAGCAUGAAGGUGAUAAAGGCGGCGAUGAGCUGGAUGAUCCGGAUUUGCCUAAGAUGGAUGAAGGCAGACAGCCACUUUCAAGAAAGUUAUCAAUCCCAUCGAGCAAACUAAGUCCAUACAGAUUAAUCAUUUUACUCCGUCUGGUGAUUCUUGGGCUCUUUUUCCAUUAUAGAAUCCGCCACCCUGUCAAUGAUGCGUUUGGGUUGUGGCUGACGUCUAUUAUCUGCGAGAUAUGGUUUGCUGUAUCGUGGAUAUUUGAUCAGUUCCCGAAAUGGUUCCCGAUUGUUCGAGAAACAUACCUAGAUAGGCUGUCACUAAGGUAUGACAAAGAAGGGAAGCCAUCGGAAUUAGCCCCUAUAGAUGUAUUUGUGAGUACGGUGGACCCCAUGAAAGAACCUCCGCUUAUUACUGCAAAUACUGUCCUCUCCAUCCUAGCCGUUGAUUAUCCAGUCGACAAGGUGUCGUGCUAUGUCUCGGACGAUGGUGCUGCCAUGCUUACUUUCGAGGCCCUAUCCGAGACAUCUGAAUUUGCGAGGAAAUGGGUUCCGUUUUGCAAAAGAUUCAACAUAGAGCCUCGGGCCCCAGAGUGGUAUUUUUCUCAGAAGAUGGAUUAUCUGAGGAACAAAGUGGAUCCUGCUUUUGUCAGGGAACGUCGUGCAAUUAAGAGAGAGUAUGAAGAGUUUAAAGUUCGUAUCAACGGGUUAGUUGCCAUGGCACAGAAGGUACCCGAAGACGGGUGGACCAUGCAGGAUGGUACUCCUUGGCCCGGGAACAACGUCCGGGAUCAUCCCGGAAUGAUUCAGGUUUUCUUGGGCCAUGAUGGUGUCCGGGACAUCGAGGGCAAUGAAUUGCCUCGUCUUAUUUACGUUUCUCGUGAGAAGAGGCCCGGUUUCGAGCACCACAAAAAGGCCGGUGCCAUGAAUUCACUGGUGCGGGUUUCAGCUGUCAUCUCGAACGCUCCUUUUCUACUCAAUGUGGAUUGUGAUCACUACAUCAAUAACAGCAAGGCACUCCGAGAAGCUAUGUGCUUUAUGAUGGACCCCCAGUCCGGGAAAAAGAUAUGCUACGUGCAGUUUCCACAACGAUUUGACGGUAUUGAUCGGCACGAUCGAUACUCGAAUCGUAACGUUGUCUUCUUUGAUAUAAAUAUGAAAGGACUUGACGGGAUUCAAGGCCCGAUAUACGUCGGAACUGGUUGUGUCUUCAGGAGGCAAGCUCUUUAUGGAUAUGAUGCCCCGAAGAAGAAGAAACGUCCAGGCAAAACGUGCAAUUGUUGGUCGAAACUGUUUUGUUGUUGUUGUCGAUCUCGAAAGAAUAAGAAAGCAAAAUCCAAGGACAAAAAGAAGACUAAAACCAAGGAUUCUUCACCGCAGAUUCAUGCUCUGGAAAAUAUCGAGGAAGGAAUCGAAGGAAUCGAAAGCGAAAAAGCAUCACUCAUGCCCCAAAUAAAACUCGAGAAGAAAUUCGGCCAAUCACCGGUUUUUGUCGCUUCAACGCUUCUAGAGGACGGUGGUAUUCCCCCGGGAACAACAUCGGCCUCCCUUCUAAAAGAAGCCAUUCACGUCAUCAGUUGUGGCUACGAGGACAAAACGGAAUGGGGCAAAGAGGUCGGAUGGAUUUAUGGAUCGGUUACUGAGGAUAUCUUAACCGGCUUUAAAAUGCACUGCCAUGGCUGGAGAUCCGUGUACUGCAUGCCCAAACGGCCCGCUUUCAAGGGGUCAGCUCCCAUUAAUCUUUCAGAUCGUUUGCACCAAGUUCUUCGAUGGGCCUUGGGAUCUGUCGAGAUUUUGUUGAGCAGACAUUGCCCAAUUUGGUAUGGAUAUGGGUGCGGUCUGAAGCCUCUGGAGCGGUUUUCCUAUAUAAACUCCGUCGUUUAUCCAUUGACCUCCGUUCCUCUGAUUGUAUAUUGUACAUUGCCCGCUGUCUGCCUACUCACCGGAAAGUUCAUCGUCCCCGAGAUCAGUAACUACGCGAGCAUUCUUUUCAUGUCUCUCUUCAUAUCCAUUGCGGCCACGAGCAUCAUGGAGAUGCAGUGGGGAGGCGUUAGCAUAGACGACUGGUGGAGGAACGAGCAGUUCUGGGUGAUCGGGGGUGCCUCAUCCCACUUUUUCGCGUUAUGGCAAGGUCUCCUCAAGGUCUUAGCUGGUGUGAACACGAACUUCACGGUCACGUCCAAAGCAGCGGAUGACGGGGAAUUCUCCGAGCUUUACAUCUUCAAGUGGACGUCUCUCUUGAUCCCUCCCAUGACCCUUCUCAUCAUCAACAUCAUUGGUGUCAUAGUUGGCAUCUCGGACGCCAUCAACAACGGGUACGAUUCCUGGGGCCCGCUAUUCGGGAGGCUUUUCUUCGCCUUAUGGGUCAUUGUCCAUCUCUACCCUUUCCUCAAAGGUAUGAUGGGGAAGCAAAACGGGGUUCCGACCAUUAUAGUAGUGUGGUCCAUUCUCCUCGCCUCCAUCUUCUCGCUCCUAUGGGUCCGAAUCAACCCCUUCGUCUCGAGAGACGGGCUCGUGCUAGAAGUAUGCGGGUUGGAUUGCGAGUAA